UCGGUGCGGUGCGGUGCGCCUCGUGUUGUGUUCACUCUCAGCAGUGUUUCGCAGCUGUAACGAAAUAUUUCCCGGUGCCAGAGGCCGAGGGUGACUCGUUCAGCGGCUGCUUUUAAUUCCAUAAAGCCAAGAAGAAUGGGCUUGCAAGCAGCCCUUUUCACUCUAGCAGUUACGUUAAUUGCGCUGGCACCUUGCUGUGUCGCCAAACAUAAGUCGCCAAAUUGCCCGACGGAAUUGAAUUUGAACGCGACGGAAAAUCUCAAGAGCUUCACGUGCAGUUUUAAGGAGACGAGUUACAACCUGAGUGUAAAGGUUGAUGCUGGCAAAGAAGCGGGAAUAUUCCUGAAGUUCACAUCUAUUCAACUGUUUGAGGGGGACAACUUCUACUUGCUCAGAGAUGCCUCCGAUAAGAGCACUGCCUUCCUUCACACCCAGGGACCCCAUGAAGAGUUUUCCUACUACGUCGCUGCUGAAGAAGUCACCGUGCUAGUUGAAGGCUCAGAACGUGGCAAGCAGGACAGGGUUUUAAAAGGAGUGGUCCACACAGGCUGCCAAGAAAAUAUCACAGAUGAAGUUGAAAUGUACAAGCUGUUUUCCUACAACAACCAGAGUGUCACCACAAAAUGCACCAUUAGAAUUCAUCCGCAGAGCAAAGGCACGCACGUUGCAACGGCCACCGUUAGAAACGUUUCCCUCUCGGGGAAGAGUUCGCUGGAAAGUGACGGCCUGGCGAUCAACUACAACAGUAAAACGAUGGCCGCAGCACCGUUUGAGCUCAUUCACGAAGAAAUUACCCUGAUACUGCAACUAGACCAGAGCAUCACGGAUCAGUCGUUCACGUUGCUGCUUGGCAGAGUUAAUAAAGCUUGCAGUGGCAUGUACAAGGUAGAGGACAAGCAGAACCUGACACUGACCGCGGGUGACGAGAAGCUGUACCUGAGCGAUGUCGACUGCCGCUGGGUCCUGGAAGGACAGAAGGACAAAGUCCUGGGUGUGACUGUCUCCGAGUUUGCUCUGCAGCACGCUCAGGACUCCUUCGUGGUGACCGACGGUGGUUCGAGGGACUCUCCACCUCUGAUGCAAGCCUUCCAGGCUGACAGCGAGCGUGCCAAGGGUCUCCUAAUUCGUUCUUCGGGUCAAUACCUGUGGAUAUCGCUCACUCUCGCAGAGUUCGUGGGAAAGGACAAGUUCGAUGCUAUGGUCAAUGUGUACGGUGGAGGGAAGCGUCUUUUCAAGAACGGCGCUGUGAGCAUCAAUUCGGACGGAGUGGCGUACUUCUUGGAAGUUGAUCCGGGACAGCAGGUGCUCCUCGAACAGCCCUCUUUCUCCCUGAAGCCGUCUUCGCACGUGCUCAUCUACUCCGACUUCUCACGAAACAGUCCACUGCUGGAGGACCUGAAGGAGAGCUCUCCAAAACGUCCCAUUGUGUCCACUGGCAAUCGCAUGUUGCUCUUGUCCAGCGGCUUCCAGAAGUCUGACAGCUUCAAGGCCAACUUCACCACAGCCAAUCCAGGGUGCCACAGCGUUACGUUGGGCAGGCAUGGGUUCUACACACUCUCAGGCAACUGUAACACCAGCUGCAGCUGGGUGGUUCGUCCACCUUCGGCGGAAAAUAAUGGAAAAUUACUCGUAACCUUUAGUCACUUGAACUUUGGAGCUGGUGGAACCCUAUCCCUGAGCACACUGGACAUGAAGCCACUGCUCAAGGCCAACUGCUCAUCGUCCACUGUGCCCCCGAUCGAGGUGAACGCUUCGGAUGGCCUGUACCUGAGUGUGAACCGGGGCACGUGCUCAGGGAGUGAUGCCAACAGCACGGGUCUCUCCGCAACGGUUACCUCUGUGCCAAGUGAGACAGCUACGCCAGAGUUGGAGCCACACGUGGGCUAUGCACUGCGAUCCCCACGGUACCCCAACCAGUACCCUCUGAACUCUAACCAGAGUUGGUCGUUCAAGACCAGUGGCCUGGGCGGUUUCCACCUGACCUUCAACAGCUUUGACCUGAAGCCCGGCCACUUCCUGAACCUCAGCAACGGAGCCAUCAACGUCCCUCUCUACGGGUCGACGCUUCCGAAAGACCUCCUCGUUGGCCCACAGCUCAACGCCCUGUUCUCGUCUCCGUCCUCGGGUAGAAAGGAGAGUGGAUACGGAUUUGAUGCUGUCCUGACACCGUGUGACGAGUUCCACGAUGUCGUCAACAAGAGCGGAUUCGUGGAGACACCGUCCUAUCCGGCACCUGUCAAGAAGAACAGCCUUUACUACUGGUCAAUUACCGUGCCUGACCCAAAUAACAACACCGCUACUGCUGUCCGUUUCAACAUCUCGUACAACCUGACGUCUCCACCACCCAAUAUAUCUGAUUUCCUCAUCAUCUAUGAUGGGGACAGCGUAAGGAGUCCUCGGAUUUCAAACUUCACCAGCGACCUGCUCAUCAGUCGGACGAGGUCGCUCCUUGUGAAGUAUGAAUCGUCUAAAAACGAGGCGUCUGGAACUCCAGUACGGAUUUCCUUCGAAGCAUACUAUUGCAACAAGUCUGACACAUGCCACAACACGGGAUACUGCAUCCAUGAGGACUGGCGCUGCAAUGGAGUGAACGACUGCGGCGACAACACGGAUGAGCUGUACUGCGGGGGCGUGCCUCCGCCCCAACCGCCCCCGGCUCCCACGACCCCCGCGCCCGGUCCUCCGAGCGAACAUACUAGUGGCGGAGUGUCUCCAGCAGCAUUUGCCGUCAGCAUUAUUAUCGCCCUCAUACUGGGUAUCGCAGGCACGUUGGUGGCGCCGGUGCUGGUGCGCCGGUACAGAGCCUACCGGUACUCCCGAUUCUCGAGCGUGUCAGUCACGGAGUGACUGCGGCGUAAGUUCGUUCCCUGCACAAAGGUGCAGGUGCAUUGUGAUACCGUGGCGUACCUUCAGCAUUUAGUUAGUUGCAAACAGUUUCUGUUAAGUGUCAGGAUACAUUAGGUUUUCCCGUAGCAUGUUAAGGAAAUAGUUCGGUUCCCUGUUUGUUUUGUUUGUUACGUACUUCGUGUUCUGGGGAGAGUUCGCGAAAACCAGGGAGACUAACACUAACCAUAGUAAAGGAAAACCUCACCACACACCGUCCAUUGCCCCGAAUGCAUUGCUUUAUCGAAAGGGGGCGUACUUCUAUCAGAAAGGUGUUUCUAUGCUUUUAUGAAAUCUCACAUUGUUGCGUGCCUCUACGGACUCCACUGUAGAUAUUAAUGUAGAGGAGCAUGUUGUGUGUCAGCAAGCAAGCUGCGCUUAACGAGAGCAAGUCACAUGUAACAGAGGUACGUUAAUUUCCAGCACUCUUCACUCGUGUAUCUUUCAUUACAUUUCUUCUGUGUGUUCUGUACAGGGUGCUAGUAAAAUGGUUUUCUCAAGUUGAAA